AUGAUCGGUAAAAAACUCAUCACAACAUCAGCGGCCAGAAUGCCAACCAUCACCAGGCUAUCGUCAGUGAUGGAGAUAAAACGAAGAAAAAAGACUUUUGCCAUGCUGAGAAGCCACCAUGACCCUCAUACAAAAGGUAGCGAGAAUUUGGAAUACAUUUAUGAGAAGGUUCACGAUGAUUUGAACUUGGUCUGA